GUGAAGGGGCGUGGCUUCACUGCCGCCGCCGGGCCCUGAGACCCGGAUGGCCGUUUAGUCGGUGCUUAGACGCCGAGGCUGCCACAUCGGCCCUUGGACAAAAUUACAAAGCAAAGGGGGAAACCGGGGGAGGGUGGGACCGUGUAAUCCGCCGUCAUCCUCCGUCUGGGACGCCCAUCCGCCCCCGGAAAGCUCGCCUCCGGAGAGAGCGGACUCGGCCCGAUCCGACGAGAGGCACGUUUCGCGGGGAGCCAGGAGGAACCAUCGUACUCAAUGACCUUACAGCGCAAUGUCAGAUCGUUUGGGGCAAACAGCAAAGGGGAAGGAUGGAAAAAAGUAUUCGUCGCUCAACCUGUUUGAUACAUACAAGGGCAAAUCCUUAGAGAUCCAAAAACCCACAGUCACUCCCCGCCAUGGCUUGCAGAGUCUCGGUAAGGUUGCUAUUGCCCGGCGCAUGCCACCCCCUGCGAACCUGCCAAGCUUAAAAGCGGAGAACAAAGGCAAUGACCCCAACGUCUCACUAGUACCGAAAGACGGGACAGGAUGGGCAAGCAAGCAGGAACAGCCAGACCCAAAGAGUACCGAUGCCUCGACAGCUCAGCCGCCGGAAUCGCAGUCACCGCCGGCUUCACAGACGCCUGCCUCAAACCAACCGAAACGACCCCCAACGGCCCCAGAGAAUCCCCCUACAGUAGCAAGCGGGGUAAAGUCUUGGGCACAGGCCAGCGUUACCCAUGGAGCGCAAGGAGAUGGUGGAAAGGGAUCAAGCCUACUGUCGCGAUUCUCUCGCGAGGAAUUUCCGACCCUGCAGGCAGCUGGCGACCAGGACAAAGCUGGCAAAGAAAAGGACACUACCGAUGCGUCGUAUGGGCCCGGACCAAACCUCCGCCCCCAGAACGCAACCACUUGGCGGGAUGGAGGCGGGCGAGGCACUGACGGGGAGCUGGUGCCUGAGGACGGGCGGGCUGGGGUCGGCUUGCAGCCCAACGUCCCGCCUCAAUUCCCUCCCUACCGGGGGAUGAUGCCGCCAUUUAUGUAUCCCCCAUACCUCCCAUUCCCGCCUCCCUAUGGACCACAGGGACCUUACCGCUACCCCACACCUGAGGCACAGAGGUUCCAGCGGCUCCCAGGACCUCGGCCCUCACAACCUCCACCACGCACCUCAGAGCCUGUGGGCCGACCACCUGUCCUGAAGCAGGAUGACCUGAAAGAAUUUGAUGAGUUGGACCAGGAGAACGAUGAAGGCUGGGCAGGAGCUCAUGAGGAAGUGGACUACACUGAGAAGCUCAAAUUCAGCGAUGAGGAAGAUGGGAAAGAAUCUGAUGAGGAAACUGUUAAGAUUUGUAAUGAGGCUUCUGGCCCAGAAGGUCAGACUUCAGGUACAGAUGUGAAGAAGGCUGGAACUCCAAAAGACGAUCAACCCCUGGUAAAAACAGCCUGGGCUGAAAACUCGCAUCCCCCAGAAAGCGCCAAAGAGCCACCGCCUCCUGCAGUCCGACCGCCGCCUCCCCCACCUCCACCUCCACCCAACCGGGGCAACUGGGGGCAGCCUAAUGACUUCCCGGACCGCCCCUUACGGCCACCUCCCCAGGAAGAUGAGGACGAGGCUUGGCGUCAGCGGCGGAAGCAGUCAUCGUCAGAGAUCUCUGCUGCUGUAGAACGAGCCCGCCGGAGGAGGGAGGAGGAGGAGCGGCGUAUGCAAGAGGAGCGCCGAGCUGCCUGUGCUGAGAAACUCAAGCGCUUAGACGAGAAGUUUGGCGCUCUGGAAAAACGCCUGAAGCCAGAGCCACCAAAGGAGCCUCCUGCCCCUCUGCCUGCUCCCACCCCUGUGCCCCCUAAUCCACCAGCUCCCCCAGUCCUCCCAGAGGAGAAAAGGGAAAAUGAGGAGCCUGUGUUGCCUAGCAAGCCUCGCAGUAUUGUUGGUGGUGGUGGUGGUGGUGGUGGCGGUGGCGGCGGCAGCAGCAGCAACGGAGGCAACCUAGACUCUGCCAUUCAUGUUGAGCCACCUCUGCCUGCUCCUUUGAAGGAAGUACCAAAACUGAGGGAAGAGCCACCAGUCUUGCCUGUACCUGCUGUCCCAGCAGCAGCAGCUCCUAUUCCAGCCAAGGUGGAACCCAAAGGGGAGACGGUCCUUCAGACACGCCAGCCGCCUCCAGCCCAGACUCUUGGCUACUCAAAGUAUCAGAAAUCAUUGCCACCUCGCUUCCAAAGACAGCAGCAGGAGCAGUUGUUAAAGCAGCAACAGCAGUGGCAACAGCAGCAACAACAACAACACAACCAGGUCCAGCCUUCGUUGGCUUCUUCAGCCCAGCAGCAGGCGGCCAGCGCUUCUCUGACUACAAUGGGCCCUUCAGGCAGCGUCCACCCUCCGGCCGGGCCACCAGGGACACAACAGCCUCCGGCCCCGCCUCCAUCCCAGCAGGCUCCCCCCAAAGGCAUGUACCCAGGCUCCAUUGGGCGGCCCCCACCGAUGCCUCAGAUGAACUUCGAUCCUCGCUGGAUGAUGAUCCCACCUUACAUGGACCCCCGCAUGAUGCAAGGGCGGCCCCCCAUGGAUUUCUUCCCCCCGGGGGUACACCCUUCUGGGCUUUUGCCUCGCGAGAGAUCGGACAGUGGGGGCUCCAGCUCAGAGCAGUUUGACCGCCACCCUCCCAUCCUCCGAGAGCGGGGCACUCCACCUGUGGAUCCCAAAAUGGCCUGGGCCGGAGAUGUCUUCACGAAUGCUCCUUCCAACACAGACUCGCGUCCUCAAGCAGCGGCCCUUCGACAGCAGCAAGAAGAGGAAGAGAAAGCAUUAAGGAGUGAGACACCCCCGGUUCGUCUACGCGAUGCUGUUACCCCCCAGCCUUACAUGGGAAACUACCAGGGUUUCUCAGAAAACGGCGGUUCUGCUCCACUGCACCGUUUCCCAGUGGACGAGCCACCAAGGCCGGGUCCACCAUGGCAAGCUAACAUAACCUUGGCAGCAUCAGCAGAGGUGAACAGAAAUGUGCGCCCUGAACCCCAGAUCCAGCCAACUCGCAAAACUGAAGAAGAGCCGCCACUGCUGCAUCGCGAGCCCCCAGAAGAGAGUAAAGCAGCCGAACCUCCCGUCAUUCGGCCAGUGUUAGCCAAGAAGCCUCCUGCUGAACAGCCCAAAGAAGAGGUUCCUGUCAAAGAGGAGGUUCUGCGGAGAGUGGAAAAACCACCGCGGCAGCAGCAUGAAUUCCAUAAGCAGCCCCGGCGGGAGUCCAAGACGGAGACACGUUGGGGGCCCCGUCCUGGCAGCAGCCGGCGGACUGAGGAGAUCUCUGGGGAAAAGGCCCCGCGGCGAGCUGGGCCUAUCAAGAAGCCUCUGCCUCCAAAGGAGAUGAAGGACGAAAGUGAGGAGACUCGUCCUGCAGGGAAGGCCAAGGAAGUUGCAGAGGCUGUAAGCAACAAACCAGAGCCCCCUAAAGAGUCCCCAAAACCUGGAAAGGAGAACAAGGCCAAGCCAGUGUUAAAUGGGGGAACAAUCAUGCCACCUAAAGAGCAGCAGCAGCAACAACAACAACAGGGCCCAUUGUCGCCAAGUCGGCGGCGUCGAGAUGGCCCCUUUGAGCGUGGCGGUGGCUAUGCUGGCCGUGGCCGAGCCAGGGGACGCGGAGAGUAUUUUGCCAGAGGUCGGGGUUUCCGGGGAGCCUACAGCGGCCGUGGGCGAGGGGGGCGGGGGAGAAGCCGGGAGUUCCGUAGCUACCGUGAACCUUUCUACCGGCUGGACGAUGGACCUGGUAAGCCCCCUGGGCCGGGCUCCAAUUUCCGCCCACGCAAUGCCAGCGAGACACGGAGCGAAGGCUCGGAGUAUGAAGAGAUACCCAAAAGGCGACGCCAGCGGGGAUCAGAAACGGGGAGCGAGACUCACGAGAGUGCCAGUGACGUGGCCCAUUCAGACAAGGAGGUGACUAAAGAACCAGCCCCAAGCCAGCGCAGCCGAGGGCACCCGAUGACAAACACAUCUGCACCCUCUUCGCUGCACCCUGGCUUACCUCGGUUUGCUGACAAGAUGCCUCCACGUCUCUCGGAUCCUGGCACCCGCGGUGGGCGUGUCUUUACCCCUCGUGGUGUGCCCUCGCGGCGGGGCAGAGGUGGUGGCCGUGCUCCUCCUGGUGGAUGGAGCCCCCCAUCCAAGCCGCAGCCCAACAAGAAAACUGAGAAGCAACAAGAGGCACUUAUGGAGUCCUCCGGAAAGGAGAAGGUGCCAUCUGGACCUCCUGCAGUGACCCCAGAGGACUCCAAUGUUUUCCAAGGUCCCCCAAAACAACAGCCUCUUGGUCCCAACCCAGACCGUGGCUUUGACCGGCCACCCCGACGACGGCGCCAUGGGCGUUCCCAACAGCAGGACAAGCCACCUCGCUUCCGGAGGCUGAAACAGGAGCGCGAAAAUGCAGCGCGGCUCAAUGGGGAGCAGAGAGCAGCACAGCCUUUUCCCCCAACAGCUUCGGUCCCGGUGCCAGAGGAAUCAACCAGCAGGCGCGUGGCCGGCACAAAGUCCCCUGAUCUCUCCAAUCAGAACUCUGACCAGGCCAAUGAGGAGUGGGAAACGGCUUCAGAGAGCAGCGACUUCACAGAGCGCAGGGGCGGAGGCGAGAAGGAGCCAGCGCCGGGUGGGCCUCCCCCUACUGCCUUCCUGAAGGGGGGCUGUUCGGGUGCACCUUCUGUAGGUGGACGGCCCUCCAACAAUGAGCUCAGCUUAGCCCAGAGGAAGGAGAUGUCCAAGCGCAGCUUCUCCAGCCAGCGACCUGGCAUGGACCGCCAGAACCGCCGCUCCAAUCCUGCCCCUGGUGGAGGAGGCGGCAGGACUGGCCGUGGAGGGAGUGGCAGCGGGCGAAGCGGUGGUGACAAGAGGAGCUGGCCCUCUCCCAAGAACCGCAGGCAAGUCCUUUGAAGAGGGGGAUUCGAGGGGAAUGGGUAGGCAUGUGUGACUGAAGGGUGGGGGGACAAUCUUGACCUGGGAAAGAGACAGGUAAAGCCAGGGGAGGUUCAUAUCUAACUUGAGAUGAGGAAUUCAUCAACAGGAGGGAUAAAACCUGUUGGGUAGAUAGUAAAAUGGCCUUGGGAGCAUUUGAAUAUUCAGGAAAAUCAAAAGCAGUGGCACAGCAGAGAGAGUAUAGGAGAUCAGCUCUUUUACAUUCUCUCAGGUUGGACUAAGCCUUCUUGCCACUCAGAGAAGUGGGUAAGUCCUUUUAAAAUAAGAGUUAAAAUACAGUGCUUAUAUUGACCCAUGGAUAAAUCGAUCCAUUUAGGAGGGCAUUGGUUUGGAAACUAAAAUUUUUGGACUUGCAUGUAUAUUUCUAAUUCAAUACUAUUUUCAUAAUCCUUUAGCAUUAGGUUGGUGAAAAUGGUGAUGUGAGUUGGAAUAUGAGCAAAA